AUGGCGACUGUUCAAGGCACCAACGACCCGCGCUUCGACGAGCUGCGCAGCAUCUUCCAGCAGCGCCUAGACUCGGGCGACGAGCUCGGCGCAUCCAUCACCGUCAACAUUGACGGCGAGAACGUCGUCGACCUCUGGGGCGGCCACACCAGCCGCGAGCGCACCGCCCCCUGGGAGCGCGACACCAUCGUCAACGUCUGGUCCUCGAGCAAGACCAUCAUCUCCUUCGCCAUCCUCAUGCUCGUCGACCGCGGGCUGCUCGACGUCCACGAGAACGUGGCCACCUACUGGCCCGAGUUCGCCGCCAACGGCAAGGAGCACGUCAAGGUGCGCCACCUGCUGUCGCACACCUCCGGCCUCAGCGGCUGGGAGGCGCCACUGGCGCGCGAGGACCUGUACGACCGCGAAAAGGCCACCGCGCUGCUCGCCGCCCAGGCGCCCUGGUGGGAGCCCGGCGCCGCCUCGGGCUACCACAGCCUGACCAUGGGCUUCCUCCUCGGCGAGCUCGUCGUGCGCGUCACCGGCGGCAAGACCAUGCGCCGGUUCAUCGCCGACGAGAUCGCCGCGCCCCUCGGCGUCGACUUCCAGCUCGGCGCCGCCGAGCCCGACUGGCCGCGCGUCGCCACCCUCGACACCGGCGACAGCAACGGCGACAUGGCGCUGCCGCCCGGCGCGCCGGAGCUCACCGUCAAGACGCUCGGCAACCCGGCGCCCAACGCCAACGCGGCCAACACGCCCGGCUGGCGGCGGGCGGAGAUUGGCGCCGCCAACGGGCACGCCAACUCGCGCGCGCUGGCCCGCAUCAUGUCCGCGAUCGCGCUCGGCGGCGAGGUCGACGGCGUGCGGCUGCUCUCGCCGGCGACCAUUGACCUCAUCUUCCAGGAGCAGGCGCACGGCGUCGACAUGGUCAUCCACAGGAACGUGCAGUUCGGCAUCGGCUUCGGCAUCUGCACGGCCGGCGACUCGGCCGUCAACGAGAUCCUUCCCCGCGGCCGCGUCUGCUACUGGAGCGGCUGGGGCGGCUCCAUGGUCGCCGCCGACACGGAGCGCCGCCUGACCUUUUCGUACACCAUGAACAAGAUGUGGAUCAACUCGGGCACGCUCGGGAACCCCAACACGGUCGCGUACGGCCGCGCCGUCUACGCUGCGCUUGGCGUCAAGGUCGGCACCGUGGAGCUGGAGCCGUGA